CUCGGCAGUGUGGCGGGAAACCGCGUGCCUUGAAUUUAGUCUGCCGAUGUCUCUCUCUCAUAUCGGGAUGGGUUGAGAACACGCAGAAGUCAAGUGGUGGCACUGUUUGGCAAAAUAUUGACUUCAGACCACGUGAACUGGCGGCCGCUGAGGAAACUCCUAUCCAGGCUUCAACAGGAUUGCCAGUGCUGUGACUUAUUACUUUCCCCUCUGACCGCUCUGACAUUUGGUGGUGUUGUAUACGUUUAUUCCCGUAUCCCCGCUUCUCCCAAACAUUGCCACACUCGCGCAGACAGGAAUGAUGAAUAAGCAAGUGCUUUCUGAUCACAAGCUGGCAUCUGUUGCUCCAAUGAUAGAGUGCAACGAUGUGGAGAGGAAGGAGAUGGAGCUCGUUCUGGUGAAGGAACGCAAUGGGGUUCAGUACGCAAACACUGCUAUCAUCAACAGCUCAGCCGGGACAGAGCAGGAAGGCAGGGAGACAUGGGGGAAGAAGGUCGACUUCUUGCUCUCUGUUGUCGGUUUUGCCGUGGACCUGGCCAAUGUGUGGAGAUUCCCCUUUCUCUGUUACAAGAACGGAGGCGGUGCAUUCCUCAUCCCUUACUUGUUAUUUCUGCUAAUCGCUGGAAUGCCCUUGUUUUACAUGGAGUUGGCACUGGGACAAUACAACCGCGAGGGCGCUGCCACCGUAUGGAAAAUCUGCCCUAUAUUCAAAGGUGUGGGCUAUACUGUGAUACUGAUAGCCCUAUAUGUUGGCUUUUACUAUAACGUCAUCAUAGCUUGGUCUCUGUACUAUCUCUUCUCUUCAUUCACCACUGACCUCCCAUGGGUACACUGCAAUAACUAUUGGAACAGUCGGAACUGUACUGACCCUAAACUACUCAACACCUCAUUACUGGGAAAUGGAACCAAAUAUUCAAAAUAUAAAAUCACACCGGCUGCAGAGUAUUAUGAACGGGGCGUUCUCAAUCUCCAUGAAAGUGCUGGAAUUCAUAACUUGGGGCUGCCGAGAUGGCAGCUUUUCCUCUGCUUGCUUGUUGUGAUAAUCAUUCUCUACUUCAGUCUCUGGAAAGGGGUAAAGACUUCAGGAAAGGUGGUGUGGAUCACGGCGACCAUGCCCUAUAUGGUGUUGUUUGUGCUGCUUAUCCAUGGAAUCACGUUACCGGGUGCCAUGGAUGGGAUCAAAGCCUACCUCAGCAUAGACUUUGAACGCCUGAAGGAAGCUCAGGUUUGGAUCGACGCAGCAACUCAGAUCUUUUAUUCCCUUGGAGCUGGUUUUGGAGUUAUAAUUGCAUUUGCUAGUUAUAACAAAUUCGAUAAUAACUGCUAUCGAGACGCCAUUUUUACUAGCUCCAUCAACUGCGUGACAAGCUUCUUCUCGGGAUUUGCAAUUUUCUCUGUGUUGGGCUACAUGGCAUUCAAGCACGGAGUUGAUAUUUCGGAGGUAGCCACAGACGGUCCAGGUUUGGUGUUUGUUAUCUAUCCUGAAGCAAUAUCGACACUCCCAGGUUCAACAUUCUGGGCAAUAAUGUUCUUCAUAAUGUUAUUGACAUUGGGGAUUGACAGUUCAAUGGGCGGUAUGGAGGCAGUUGUUACCGGAAUUACAGAUGACUUCAAGUUUUUGAAGAAGCAUCGGAAGCUUUUCACGCUUGUCACUGCGGGUGGAACUUUCCUGGUUGCACUUUUUUGCAUCACCAAUGGUGGAAUUUAUGUGCUCACGUUAUUGGACCAAUUUGCAGCUGGAACAGCAAUCCUUUUCGGGGUAUUAAUAGAAGCCAUCGGUGUGUCAUGGUUUUAUGGAGUUGACAGAUUCAGUGAGGACAUCAAGCAAAUGACGGGCUUCAAACCAGGUCUCUUCUGGAGGCUCUGCUGGAAGUUCGUUAGCCCAGCCUUUUUACUGUUUGUAGUAAUUGUCAGUAUUGUGAAGUUCAAGCCUCUAACUUAUGAUGAAUAUAUAUUUCCAAUCUGGGCAAAUGUUGUCGGAUGGGGAAUAGCAUUGUCUUCAAUGUCGUUGGUGCCAAUCUACGCAAUCUACAAGAUCUUCACUGUACGUGGCACUUUAAAAGAGAGAAUAGCUUACUGCAUCACCCCUGAAAAUGAACAUUAUCUUGUGGAACAAGGAAAAGUGCAGCAGUUUAAGCUGAAGCACUGGCUUGCAAUAUGAAAGCUUUGAAAACAGCGACCACGCAGUCUGAGGUGCAAUGGAAAUAAUAACUUCCUGGGUUUUGCAAGCUUUUUCAAUUAAUGUUUCAGAAAUGUCAGAUUCCAUUACAAGCCAAGUUCAGUGCCAUUACUGUCAUGUUAUAAUGGGCUGGCUGAGCACAGGAUUAUUUAUUUUGUGACCUUUUUCAUGCAUGGACUAUUACAAAUUUACAUGAACAUUGUUCUCCUCUGUCCAUUAACUUAACCGAAUGCCAUUGGUUCAUUCAAGUACAGUAGUCAUGUUUCCAACAGCAAACUAAUUUACAGUUUGUUCUGUAUUGGUAUAAUUGUAAACCUUAAACUUCAACGAACUUUGUCCAGCUGUGUUAGAUUUUAGCCUUAAAUGUCUAAAACUACUGCCUCUAUUUUCACUCUGAUCAUUAUAUGUGAGUGUAAUUUCCUUCAUUCAUAAUCCUUUGUUUGGCAAAGUCCACUGCCAGAAUAGUUUUCAAAGAUCUGUGUCUCACUUAUGUUAUGUAGAAGCUUACACAAUUAGAAGCAGAGUCCUUGAGUCAAAGAGCAUAUCAGCACAGAAACAGGCACGUCAGACCAUUUAGUCUAUGUCAAACGGGUUUCUGGACCUUAACCCUCCAUAUGCCUCCAUUCCAUGUACUUUUCCAUACUUCUCUUAAAUACUGCAAUUGAACCUGCAUCCAUCACUUCCGCUGGCAACUUAACCCUCUUAUUUCCGAAUAAUGAUGUAAAUCCUAUGAAUCCACCUGUUCAACCAGAUUGAAGACUUCCAUGUCUUAACGCUGUGUUAUCCUUAUACCAGUUUAACAUGUUCUUUGUGUACAUUAAAUUCUGUUUUGAAAUGCAACACCAACUGCUUUGCAAGAGCAUAUAGACAAAGGUAAGACAGUUAAAAAUAUUUUCCUUAUGGAAUGUAAUGGCAGCACAUUCAUGAGAAGUGAGCUUUCACUAUGAAUUUGGUAGGUUUAGUCAAAGCUCAAGAUAACCUAUUUCAAAUCGGUAGAUGAGCAUUAAGGCAUGAAAUACAAUCAUUCAACACCAGAAGGAAAUACAAGUCUCACUUCACCUGUUUUUGAAAGGUGAUUUCUACAUUUAUCACAUGCAUUAGGUUAAGGGCAUGAAAAACAUUUAGUGAAAGGUGCUCAGUCAGUGAUGUACUGUUUCUCAGUCACAAAUUGUGCCUAAAGAACAACACUAGUGAUCAUCAUUUUCUCUGAACAGAACUGGGCAUUAACAAUCCAUGCAAGAGCAAUCUUUCCUGUUGACAGUUGUAAUCCAAGCAAUUUGCUUAUUUUUAUUUCAGUUUCAGUCUGCAAGUUUAUGCAGUUCAAGUUACUGCCAGCACAUCAGGGUUUUCCAAGCAUCUUUCCGGUCAAAAUCUUUUUAACUUAAAAUGGAAUAUAGACAAAGGGAUUUUCUGUCUGUCUUAGUUCUGACUUGCCUUUGUUAAUAACAUCCAGUGAAAAAUGAAGCAGCAGAAGAGAACAAGACCAUUCGUUGUUGCAAUGUGGGAAGAAUGUAUUUCCUGUUCUUCACAGAACAGUGAAGGCAAAGAGGGGAAGGUCUAAAAUCAUCAGGGCAGGGUGAUUUCUGGAAACAUCUGGCCAAACUACAACAUCAAACAGAGGGGUGGAAACUGUGUAGUUAACCAAAACAGUUUUAGAGAGAGGGACCAACCAUUAUCACUCUUCAAAUUUCAACCUGUUUCUGAAGUACUGUCUCACUUGUAACAUUUAGGAGGCAGCAGUCAUUUGUACACAGCAGUUCCUGAAGAUAACAAUGUAAAAAUGUCAAGGCCAUCUGUUUGCUGGCUUUGAUUAAGGGAUAAAUGUUGGCCAAGAAAAUAGUGAUAACUUUUACAAUGACUUAAAUACUGUGCAGAUGGUAUUUCUUGUCCAAAUACUUAUAUAUUCGGUCUCUUAGAAUACAUUCUAAUAAUUACCUACUACUGAUGUCACGUUCACCAGCCUACAAUUUUGCAGCUUAUUCUUAGACCCUUGCUUAAACAGCGGAAUAACAUUAGCUAUCCUCCAAUCCUCCAGUACCUCAUUCAGGGCUAAGGAUGCCUUAAAUAUCUCUGAUAGGACCUCUACAAUUUCUGCCACGAGGUCCAAUACAACACACGUAAAAUGCUGGAGGAACUCAGCAGGCCAGGCAGUUUCUAUGAAGCCAAGUAAAUAGUUGAGGACUACCAGUCGACUGUCAACUGUUCACUCUUUCCCACAGAUGCUGCCUAACCUGCUGACUUCCUCCAGCAUUUUGUGUGUGUUGCUUUGGAUUUUCAGCAUCUGCAGAUUUUCUUGUGUUUCCUAUAGACCAUCUAAAUCCCUGGGGAUUUAUCCACCCUAAAUUACCUCAUGACAGUGAACACCUCCUCCCCUGUAAUCUGUAUAUGGUCCAUAACCUCACUGCUGUUUUGCCUCACUUCAGUACACUCUAUGUCUGUCUCCAGAAUUAAAAAAAUCCAUUUAAGAUCUCCCCCAUCUCUUUUGGCUCCAUGUGUAAAUGACCUCUCUGAUCUUCAAGAAGACCAAUUUUGUCCUUUGCUAUCCUUUUGCUCGGAAUAUCUGUGUAGAAGCCCUUGGCAUUCCCUUCACCUUGUCUGCUAGAGCAACCUCAUGCCUUCCUUCAGCCCGCCUGAUUUCCUUGUUAAGUGUUCUUUUGUAUUUCUUAUACUGCUCAAGCACCUCAUUUGUUCUUUCUUGCCUACACCUGUCAUGUAACCUUAACAGGACCUUAAUGUCUAUCAAAAACAAGGUUCCCCUUACUUGUUAUCCUUGCCUUUUAUUCCGACAGAAACAUGCAAAAUUUGUACUCUCAAAAUUUCACCUUUGAAGUUAUUCCACACUAAGCACACUUCUGCCAAAAAGCAACCUGUCCCAUUCCACACUUGCCAGAUCCAUUCUGAUACCAAAAUUGGCCAUUCUCUAAUUUAAAAUUUCAACCUGAGGACCAGACCUAUCCUUUUCCAUAAUUAUCUUGAAACUAAUGGCAUUAUGAUCACUCGAUGCAAAGCGUUGCCCUACACAAAUUACUGUCACCUGUCUUGUCUCAUUCCCUAAUAGGAGAUUUAAUACCACACUCUCUCUAGUUAAGACAUCAAUAUAUUGAUGAAGGAAACUUUCCUGAACAUAUUUAACAAACUCUAUCUCAUCAAGCCCUUUUGUAGUAUGGGAGUCCCAGUCAAUUAAUGAAACGUUAAUCACCUGCUAUCACAAUCUAAUGUUUCUUGCAACAGUCUACAAACUCUGCACAAAUUUGCUCCUCUAAGUCCCACUGAUUAUUGGGUAGUUUAUAAAAUAAUUCCAUUCACAUGGUCUACCCUUUAUUAUUCCACAUAUCCACCCACAUAGCUUCAAUAGAUGAGCUCUCCAGUGUGUCCUAUCUUAGCACUGACAUGCUAUUUUCCCUGACUAGUAAGUCUACAGCUCCCCUUUUAAAUCCUUCCACUCAAUCACAUGUAAAACAAUAGAACCCUGAGACACUGAGCUGCCAGUCCUGCCCCUCCUGCAACCAAGGCUCACUAAUGGCUACAAUGCCGUAAUUCCACGUGCUGAUCCAUGUCCUAAGCUCAUCUACCUUUCCUACAAUAAUCUUUUCAUUGAAGUAUACAGAACUCAGAAAAUUAGUCCUACCAUGCUCAACCUUUUGAAUCCUGACUUUGUAUGUAGGCUUAACAAUAUCUCUCCUCACAACCACUCCACUAUCUGUACUGACACUCUGGUUCCCAUCCCCCUGCAGUUCUAGUUUAACCACCCCCCAUGCAGCACUAGCAAACCUUCAGGUCAUCUCCCAUUUUGUCAAUAUGCUCAGAAAUUGAGAAAUUUUCUCAAGUUCAGAAGGCCCUUCCCCUCUGAAUCUCAGCUGUAACCUUGAUGGAAAUCAUGCACCAGAAUUUCCUUCAAAUGUACGUAAAUUAAAAACUCACUGCUUGCAUUAUCAACAUCAGUAUGUAUAAAACGCAGAACUUUACAGCACAGUAGAGGUCCUUUGACCCACAAUGUUGUGGGUGCAAAUUCCCUACUGUAUUCCUGCAACCAAUACUAUGGCAUAAGUGGACUUCAUUGGUUGCAAAGGGAAUGGAUGCCCUGAAAAGGAUGUUUAAGAAUAGUUUGAUGUUAAAUGUUAAAAUUGCAUGUUUGUCACAUAUUUAAUAUAUCUCAUAUAUCCAUACUUUAAAAAUGGUGUGUUGGUUUUGACGUAGUGUACGUUAGAAUAAAUGUCUUGAAUUAGAUCUGGGAAAUGACAUCAGAGGCUAAAGUGAAGGUGAACACUUCAACAGAACUAGGGUUCUUCCACAUCUCACUUACUCAGUAAUAUUAAAUGGGUUAUUAGCUUUCUUCCUGCCCACCUAAAAAUGCCUAAACCACAUUUGCAGAGCAGCAACUGAUUUUAUGAAAGCACUUUAAUUAUCAGUAACUUUCCAUACUUAAGUAAUGGAAAUGCUCAUUAUGAAUUUAAUCUUUAGCCCAUGAGAUAUUCUUAACUGAUGCAUUUUGUUCUUUUCUUUCGUUCCAAACGUUGUCUUUUAAAUCAUUACAAAGAAAUUCCUGUCAGCAAAAUAUUUUCCAAAGCAGUCUGAUGACCAAAAAGCCAGAUUUAUGGUUUUGAUGUAUUCUUCUUCAAUUUAUGUAUAUUUUUAAAAAUCUUUGGUUUAUUGAGGUUAAAUUAUCAUUGAAAUAAUUCCCAUUAAGAUCUUUUUAAACAUUUUAUAGAUAUAUGUUUCUAAACUGUAUUCAGCUGUAUGAUGUUUCAAAAUAUUAAAAAUAUGUUAAUCUACCUGUAUCAAAGUUUCAGUGUACUUUUUUAAAAAGAUUAUUCUGUCUGUGUUACGUUUUCAUAUGUUAAAUAAACAACUGUAUUUAUC